AUUAGACGCUGCAGUACCUAUUAUAAUAAAAUCUAUGGAAUUUAUGUGCAAGUAAUGUCUUAGUGCAAACCAAAAUAUAGCGAUUAAUAAUUUUAGUUAGUUUACGCAGUUUUUGUCAGAUAAUGCAAAGUGAAUCAUCAGAAAAGUUUUUUAGUGAUGAAAUCGCAUGCAUGCUGCUUGUGGUCAGCUGCGAUCAAAACGAUAUAGUUUUUACUGAACCUAAUGGCACUCUGGAUUGGAAAGCAGUUGAGCAGUACUUUGCUGACGAUUUAGUUACCCACGAUCAGCCUUUGUCUUACGAACAAUGUAGUCGACUGAUGCCCAAGUUGCACGCCUUAUUGAAACGAUGCCCGACCGCAUCCUAUCAGGCGAAGACCCUGAAUUGGACAAAUCGAUUAGAUGUGAUCAAUGAAGCUCUGCGUGGCACUAGUUUGACCUGUUCGCUUAUGCUUUCAGCCAUCCUUGAAUACUCCUUGGGUAACAUCGUCGCCACCAAGACUGGUUCUGCUCCGCCGCAUCUACUUAGAGAUUUGCUGAUGACUGAUACUCUGGCGAAUGUGCUUGGCGAAACUAUGAUAUAUUUAUUGCGACUUCUACUGGGCACACCAAACGGCAUCAACUUCAGAAAUCUUGCCUGGCAUGGGUUCCUCAGUGAAACCGACGUUGACCCAGUUUAUCCGAAUUUUCUACUGGUUAUUUUAACAGCUGUUGGACAGAUUUUCGAAAAACAAAACUUGACUAUAGAAUGUCGAAGUUGUACCUUGCAAGCUCAGUUGAUGUUCGAUAUAAUGGGGUUACAAAAGUUUAAUGUAAAUCUGUUCAAAACCUGCCUCAAUGAUAAUCGACAUAUAUCGGAAACUCAGUUUCAAGAUUGGAUGCAGACUUUGGAGUACUAUAAUAGAAAUCAAUACUAUUCCUGUAUGAGUCGUGCCUUACCGCAACUGGAAAUGUAUCUGAGAAGGGUAUAUAGUGAGCUUCAUCAAAAGGAUUUUCGUGCGAAACUAGACGAAUAUUACAUAAUAAUGGAUACAGUUUUCGAAGAACAUAACUCCUGUACAGGGAAUCGCAACCUGAUUUUCGAUCACUAUUCCACAUCAUUGUUGGAGUUGGCCUACGAUCUUCUAGCAGCGAUAAAUGGCCCUAGAAUACGGGAUAAAUUGAGCCACGGCGAAUUACAGAUAGACCAAGUAAACGAACCUAUGGCCAAAGCAGUCCUAUACACAUGCUAUCUGAUUAUAACGAAUGAAGCAAACUUCGCGUACAAAAGUGUGUAUCAUCCUAAUGCAAUACUGCGAACCAAUCUAAAAGAUUGUAAAAAUACCUUAGAACAGAUAGCAAUUUUGCAGUUCCCAGUAAAUAUCGAUUUGUGCGAAUCGAGCGAUGAUGUUCCAUUUGUGCCGCAAGUAUAUGUGACUGAUAAUAAUGUUAGAAUCUUCCAUCGCCCAGAAGGUGAGGAAGUAGUGAUUGGUUUUCUACAAAGAAUAGCUAUCGCAUUGCAACUUGCUGCCGAGAAUCUCCAUCAAGCUCUGGUUUUCAAGAUAAACGCCAUGGAAAGAAGGGAGCUGCGUUCCAGAGCGAGGAAUAGCUUCUGCAACAUGCUGAAGAUGCUUCCAACGAUAUGCCGAGCGUUCGAGCAUGUAUUGAACCUAAUUGGGUGGAUUUUCUACUGUCUAAUGGAAGCUGACGAAAUUCGUGAUGUCCAAAAACUGAUCAGAUUUAUGAAAUUUAUUCUCAAAUACACGGAAAAUGCAGCUAUCAAUCUAGAUGCGAAGACCAACAUCUGGCUACCCCUGUACGAAACAUCAAGGCGCGAGUUGUACGAUAAAACUAGGCAAAACCUUACGCUACUUUUGUGCUGA